UCACGAUAUCCUGAAGACGGCACAGUCCAUCUGAUUCUCUAAUCUUUCUCACUUGUGAGCAGUCACAAAAACUCAAGCACAAUGAUCGCCAAAUUCGUUGUUGUCCUCGCCCUCGCCGUGGCCGUGAACGCCGGAGUUCUGCCGCUGGCCGCAGCGCCCGCUGCCGUGGUUGCUCCCGCCGCGUACGCAGUGGCGCCUUACGCCAGCUCGUACUCCGCACACGCUGUCAACCAUGCCGUAGCUGCCCCAGUUUACGCAUCAGCUCCAGUCGUUGCCCCAGCUUCAUACGUCGCUGCCCCUGCACCCUACGUUGCGGCCUCACCAUACGUCGCCGCCCCAUCUCCCUACGCCAGAUACCUGUCUGCCCCAGUCUUAGUAUAAACGAAUUUGGUGACACCAUUGCCUAGUGACUUGCUCAAACGAUAUGAAUUACUAUUAAAUAUUUUAUAACCUU